GGAACCUGCAGCCUGCGUAUCACUGCCUGCGUCAAUCAGCAGUGGUUCUUCCAGACAGCCACAACCAGGUGAUGGUUCUUGACAGAGGUGAGAUAGGGACAGGAGUUUCAGUUCAUCACCCCAAUCAUCCCAGAUCGAGGUCAACAUGAUUCGCAACCUAACGGGUGCCACAUGGCUCUAUCCCUUGAAGGGCAUCUACUACUUCUUCCGACACCCCUAUCUCUGGCCACUAUUCCGUGCUCGCCUCGUUCCACUCCUCCUCCUCUCCGCAUUCAUCUACGUCAAUCUCUUCGUCUGGGCAUUUCUUCCUCAAGUCGCCUUCCUAGCCAUCUUCCAUGGACCCGGUGCCUUCUUAAGUGGCUUGUUUCUGGUGUUGGGCGAAGGUGCAGCCAUCGUUGCAAUCCUGUUCGAAGCCUUCUUUGUGGAUGAGACACUGGUCGACACUUUUGAUGCCGUCCUCAUAGACCAGGGAUUGGCUGACUUGGUCGGUGAGGCGCGGUUAUUGAAUUCUGAUGCCGACAACUCAGUCAAAAUGCUAGGGAAGCCUUCGGUCACAGCCAUUUACAGUCCGUUCAGUCUCCGGCAGAUCGUGGAGUUUGUUAUUCUGCUGCCUAUCAAUUUCAUCCCUUUCGUUGGGGUGCCCAUUUUCCUUGUCCUGACCGGCUAUCGAGCUGGGCCUUUCCACCAUUGGAGGUAUUUUCAAUUCAUUGGCUUGUCCAAGAAGGAACGCAAAGAAUAUGUCCGCAAGCGCCAGAUGAAAUACACGUGGUUCGGGAUCGUGGCCCUGACCCUGCAACUUUGUCCCGUCCUGAGCAUGUUCUUUUUACUCACCACAGCCGCGGGCAGUGGCCUCUGGGCGGCGAAAAUGGAGCACGCUAGGAGAUCGCGAGACUUGA